AAUGAGUAAAAAUAUGUGGUAACAAAUAGAUUUAUAUAUUGUCACUAAUUUAGUCUGUUGUCCUCCUGAUACCAUAAUGCAUGCCGCGUGUGGCAUGAGGCUCCUACAGGCUACGAGCCCUAUCAGGAGCCAACAUAGGUCCAUUUCAGCAUUCAAUCGAGGCAUAGCAGUACUUUUCAACCCAAAAAACUUGCUACUGACCAACAGCUUAACAUCAGGAAUAUUUAUGUUUUUGGGAGACUUGGCACAGCAAGAGUUUGAAUAUCGAUCUGAACAUCUUAAAAAACGAUAUGAUUGGGCAAGAUCAGCAAGAAUGUUAACUGUAGGAAUACUUAUGGGUCCAUUACACCACUACUAUUAUGUAUAUUUAGACAAAGUACUACCUGGUGCUGAAAUUAAGACAGUUUUCAAAAAAAUUGCUUAUGAUCAACUGUUUGCAUCACCUGCAACUAUUUUAUUUUUCUUUAUUGGAAUGGGUAUGCUAGAAAACAAAAGCACUCAAGAAACAAAGGAUGAGAUUGCAUACAAGUUCAAGUACACAUACAUUGGUGACUGUUUGUUUUGGCCGCCAGUACAGUUCAUCAACUUUUAUUUCUUACCAACAAAAUAUAGGGUAUUUUACAUAAAUGGCGCAACAAUGUUAUUUAACGUAUUUUUAUCUUAUAUAAAACAUUUCGAUCAAUAUUGAUGCAUUUACCUUAUGGUAAGGGAGGUCAAGAGGAU